UUCAUCAACGGAAAUAUACCGGCCAUUAAGUCGAACGCCAUGCGAACCACGACUUCGACAGUUACCUUGGGGUAUCGCGAGAAGGAGCGGAUCCUGGAAAAUCUUCAGUUUAUAAUAAAUGCAUUAGGAGCGAUUCUCUCUGGUGUCCAUUGCGGGCAUCGUGCAGGAUUCUUCAAUUUUAGAUUGAAUUUGAGAUAUCAGGGAAAAUUACGAGGAAAAACUGGAUUACUUGGAAAGGAUCUUUUUAUUUCUUUAUUGAAAUUCCCGCCUACUGGGAUCCUCAGGAUUUCGAGGGAACGUCUCCUGGGCUGAGAAAAUGCACUUCUUGUCAAAUAGAUUCUUCGAUGGUCACACGUUGCCUCCAGGCAGAAUUUACUUCCGUCCUCUGUGUAACUCAGUAAUCGAGAUAUCUCCCCCACUGACGCGAUGCCACUCAGUGAUUUCAUUAUUACGCGUUAAAUUCACGCAUUGCGUCAAUGCCACGAGUAGAGACGCAUCCUGGGCCAAUUAGCGCUCACCAUAUUUAUCUCUCCGUCACGGUUCAAGGAAGAUCAGUACCACGACUGACGAAUGGUGCUUUUGUAGAUUUCUCAAAAUAUCACAUUCGCACAAGGAAGGAACCCUUGUGAACUCCGCGAAAAAGUAUCACAAGAAAUAAAUAUAAAAGAGCAAUCAAAUCAGAGGAUUCACAAACAAAGAGAAGCCUGAAUCCGGCGACAUUGUAACCAAUGAAAAAAGAAGGGAAAAUAAUGAGAUCGGCGAAUGUCUGUCCGACUAUCGUAUCCGUGAAAGUCACGUGAAAUCUCAAAGGAAGGAAGAGGAAGAGGAGGAGUGAGACGCGCGCGAGUGAUGCGUCCGGGCGAGAUCUUCACCGGCCGUUCUCCCUACUAUUCCAGGUCGGUGGGACUUUCGUCCGUUUGCAGUGCUGGCGACACGCAAUACGCGUAUAGCAACAUGCGACAACAGCGCGACACGGGACUUACUAGAGUAGCUGCGAAUUAUCGACCUACGGUAAAAGAGAAUUGGCGCUACUCGUUCCUAGCGCCUUCUAGAAUAUAUAUAAACUAAUCCGCCAUGCUUGCCAAAUAUUGCUCUACUGACGAUAGCGUUCGAGGGGUAAUGUUCCCUGUUGUUAAUCGAGUUUACACAGAAUCGUAUUGCCGGCGACAUCGACGCCGACACCGAUUCCCACCACGUUGAAAACCCCUAUGUCGUAGAGUUCUUAUUCUCCACUUGCCUUGCCUUUCAAGAACACGCAGCCAUCACGCGCCAGACGAAUGAAGAUAAUACGGUUAAUACGAACAGAUAUAUUUGUCUGCAUUUUCAUAACCACUGCUGUUCACGUAGUACCUAGGGAAGAGUGCUGGCCCAACAUCUUAUACCGGAUAGUCGGCGAUAGUCAGCGGUAGUUGGUGACGGUCACUAAGUAAUUCAAGAGGAACCCGCGAUUCACACUAUCCGCAGGAGAGGAACCGACAAACUUUUCAGUGAGUCCUGCUAAUUUCGCGAAAUGGCGUCCAUUCCAAGUGGCAAGGCGAAGACGCUUACAAAGGAGGCCAAGGCGCCGGGUGACACGACGCUUGUUUCUCCGGUGUCAAAGGAUCCCUCGUGCUCGUUGCCUAAGAAGGAAGAGAGAACACCUGGGCAGGAUGUCAAAUCCACGGAAAAUCUCAGGGCAUCAAGUGAAUCCGUUGUCAGCAACAACACAGCGUCCAGCCAAAAAGAUUCAAACGAGGCCAAAGAUCAUGGAAAAGAGUCUAAUGGCUCUGGCGCCCCUGAUACUGAUGAAGUGAAAGGAAUUGACCGCCCAGCCCUUCCUGAGGAACUGACACUCAAGGGCCUUCUCGAGCAGCCCGUGGAGGAGCCUGAGAAACCUAGAAAGAUUCCAGUUCAGCAGGGGCUGGAUUCCUAUAAGCCAGCUAACGCAGCCGUGCCUAGAAAGAGACCACCCCUUCCGCCACCCGCCCUGGAGGGACGUCCGCUCGUCCUGGCGACUCAUCUGGUGCCAUCGCUCUCUAUUGGCCUUUUUGAGAUUCUCGCCGAUGCUAUCGAGGCCGCCACUAAUAAGCCAGUGGUGAUAGUCUACGAGCCUAGAACCGACAGACCCGUAGCCAAGGACGUUGUUGACAUUGCUGUUCUUCCGCCUAAUGAGAAUUGGCCAGAUGGAGAACUUCUACCCGUGAGCUUCGUCUUUAAUCAUCUUCUGAAUGUAGAUAAGGUGCCUGGUGUCUAUGUUGACGUCAUAGUUGCUGCGGAUCAGGCUGCCCACGUCGAGAAUAUUGUGGAUCUACGUGGUCAUAGAUGCGCGUUGCCAGACAGGCGUAAAGCAACAGGCGCCGCGAUGCUCUUAUUCAGCUAUUUACGAAAUAAGGGCGAGAGUCCUGCCUUCUUUGGAAAUACACUAGAUACGAGUUCACACCUGGAGACGCUGCAGAUGGUCGCGGGGAAGCAGGUCGAGGUUGGUGUUUUGGCAGCGCCCGUCGUAAAUUGUCACAAGAAUACUCUACCAGGUGUAAACACUCUCUAUGUUUUGUCCAGUCUGGGUCCUCUGCCUCCUUAUUCCAUCAUGAUGAAUAAAGCGCUAUCAGGAACUAUCCGUGAAAAGGUAAUUAAUUAUUUACUGAGUGUCGAAAAGGAUGAAGACUGGUCCGAAAGACUGUCAGCGUACGGGAUUUCCGGAUUUGCUGAAUAUUCCCCUGAUCUUUACAAGCUCGAUGAUACCAACGUCGCUACUAGCGUCCGUUACUAUUAAACUUGUUAUUCGAUUAUUUAUUCUACAGCGAUUGUUAACAUAAUUAAUUUUUAAAUACGUUACUUAGUUCAUAAUGAAAAUGCCCAUUUUGAGACUAACGAUAACAUGCACUGUUCUAUCACUUGAAGUAAUUUUAACUUCUGCUCAGAACACAAGGAAAACACCUUAGAGAUAAUUCACAAUUCUUACGACAUUCGUUCACCACUCAAUCAUUCCUUCAGCACACCCGAACGUUUCCACUAAUUUUAAGUUUCCACGAUCACCAGUUCAUUCUCUUUGGAGAAAUGAACUCCUAUCGUUAUUUAGCUAAGAAAGUUUUUUGAUUAUAAAUAAAUGAAAUAUGGCAAACUCUG